CGAAAACCAAAUGAAAGCGGGCACGAGUCUCCUCCCUUCCUGCCACCUUCCGGGUCAUUCCUUUCCUUGGCGCCCCCUCCUCCGCGCGUCCUCUCGCCGAUCCCACGCGGUCCGGUCGCCGGUCGUCGCCCGCCUAUACUUGAGGAUAUAUAUUUAUCCCGCGCGCGCCAUUCGCGGCCGCCCCGGCGAUCUGCCACCGCUCGUGUUCGGUAUUUCUUUGGGGCGGAGGAGGGCUGUCAUGGGGGAGCCGGUGGAGGCAGAGGCGCCGGCCGCGUCGUCGACCACGGUGGAGAUGGAGGCCGCGGAGCAGCUCAUCCAGCUCAGCGGCGGCGGCUGCGACGACGACGGCGCUGAGUCGGAGAGCAAGAGCGCGGACAGCGUCAGGGCAGCCGGCGAGAAGGGGCCGGCCGUGGUGAGCAAGAGCGCGGACAGCGUCAAGGCAGCUGGCGAGAAGGCGCGGGCCGUGGAGAGCAAGAGCGCGGAGAGCGUCAUGGCAGCCGGCGAGAAGCGGGGAGAUGGUAAAGAGGGGGUGCCCGCCGUGGAGAGCAGCACCGGGAAGAGACGCGAGAAACUCGGUGGGCCCAAGGGUGGCGGACAAGACGAGGAGGCCGUCAUCGGCGGGGUCGCGAGGAGGAGGCCGAGGUUCCGGUCGCUGGCGGCGAUAUACAGGAACACGAGGAGGAUGGACGACCACGGGCACUGGCGCGAGGAGCCGGAAGAGGAAGAGAUGGGUGAGGGGAAGGGGGAGAAAAAGAAGACAAGGGCGAUGGGUGGAGCGGCCGCCGACGACGGCGAGGCGAUCCCCGCGACGGCGCCGUGCAAGGCCAAGGCCAAGAGAGCGGUACGCCCAAGAACUAGCUAGUGUAUGUGAUGCGGGUCUUCGUCGUAGCUAGGUGUUAAGGAUCGAGAUCUCUGGUGCAUGGAGGCAGGCAUGUGUGGAUGUAGGAGUAGAUGGCAAUGGCGCAUGCUUGGGUGGAAGAGAUUGUGAUGUGAGAUGUAUGUACGUAGCCAUCGAUCUGGUUUGUUUCCCCUAGCUCAUGGAAGAAGAAACCAUCAAGCUUCA